GGGGGGGCACCUUAUCUCCUGCUGAGUUGGUGGUGCCUAGUGGAUCCAGUUGCAAGCGCUUUGUCGCUGAAAGGAGAGCCCACUGCCUGCCUCCCUGCUGCCUCGCCUGUGCUCGGCCAGUAAUGCGAGCCCCAGCGAGGGAGCCGCAGGGCGGCCUGGGUCCCCCCCUCAAGCCCCGGACAUCCUCUGGACAGAGCUGCCCAUGAGAGCGGAUGCAGGAUGCUGCAGCCAGAGAGCUCCCGGGUCUCCGAGGAGGGGACUGCCACUGGGUCCCGGCGCGGUGACUGCAUCAUCUGCUACUCAGCCUACGACCUGGCCGGGCACCUGCCGCGCCGCCUCUACUGCGGCCACACCUUCUGCCAGGCGUGCGUGCGGCGGCUGGACACGGUGGCCCACGAGCAGCGCUGGGUCCCCUGCCCGCAGUGCCGCCAGAGCACACCCACGCCCCGUGGAGGGGUGGCCAUGCUGGACCUCGACCUGGCCGCCUUCCUGGCUGUCAGGGCUGAGCGGGAGCCGCCUCGCAUGGAGCCCCAGCGUCCCGCGCCCCCCAAAGGCAGCACCGCUGUCACUCAGCAGCCAGCCAGGCUCCUCCCCACCCUGGGCACCCAGCCCCACUUCCCCCAGCCCAGACACUGCUGCAGUUGUGGCCUCUGCUGGGACACCCUGGACAGUCCCCAGGUCUGAGUUCCAGCGGCUGCCACCGCCCGCCGAGGACCUGCUGUCCACGGCAUGCUUGUCGUGGAACCUCCGACUGCCGCGCAACCAGCCCGGAACGGCCUGGGGCCCCACACGGACACCCCCAGACCGCAGCCUAAGUGUGGGGGCUGUGCCCAUGGUACCGUGAGGCUCUUUGAGAAGCCGGUUACCUCUUUCCCGUCUUGGCCAGGAUUCCAGGGCUUCAAGCCGGCCUGACUGUGUGCGUGGUGAGGGCUGCUGCGCUCAGAGUCUCCUGCAAGCCCAACCCAGGCCUGGACUCAGCUCAGAGGACGCCUCCACGGGUCUCCGGCUAAAAAAGUCCCACAGGUGGGAGCCAGAGCAGAGAGCCACCUCCUUCAGCCCUGUCUUGCAAAGCAUCCCUGUGCAGUUCAUUUAUUCAACAAAGCUCACUGAGCACCUGCUA